AUGAUGGCCGCUCACAUUAUCCCCCCGCAGAUUUCAUCGCGGUCGGGGUCUAUCAACGAUCUUUCUCCGUCCGAAUACCUCGCUGUUCCUUCGUUAUCGCUCUCCAAUCUUAUCCGAACCCGGUCCAUCCGACGCCGUUCAGUGUGUUUGAACGUCGAAGAACAGUUCCCCAAGCAAAACCGGCGGGGUUCCCUACUCAAAAAGCUGGCGGGGCCACGCGAAAACGCGAAGCGAUUCCUUCGCCUGCGGUCGGCGGGCGUCCAGUCGCUCGCGCCCCCACACCAGGCAAACCCGCGCUGUAGCGGCGCUCGCGGCACUCGGCCGGUAUCCGAAAUCAUCCUCUCCCCGAGAGACUCGACUUUGUUCUCAACACAACCGGAAUUUAGUGCCAUACCCACAGAGUCAAUGAUGGCAACAGAGUGCCGUACCCCAACUGAGUACCCCAUUCCCCCGUUGCGCAAUGAGAAGAUCGUUGCGACGGGUAGCGGACUCACUGUUGGUAUUGCCCUGACAGAACCAGUGCUUUACCUUCAAGGCUAUGACCAACAGGAUCCAAGUUCUAAAAAAUCAGCGAUCUUGCGAGGUCAGAUACAUCUCAAAGUCACUAAGAGUGUCAAGAUUAAGAAGAUCUCCAUUCAAUUCCGCGGACAUGCCCAAACAGAUUGGCCCGAUGGUAUUCCGCCCAAGAAGAUUCAUUUCCACGACAAGAAAGAUCUUUUUACCCACGGGGUCGUUUAUUUCAACCACGGCGAUACGGCUUUGAUGCAGAAUGACUAUGGUGCGCACUACUACCAAUACGCCAAACCCAACUCCCCGGUACCAGGCAAGGAUGGCGUCUCUGCGACAACUCGGGAACUCUUCUCCAAGAGUGGCUCAGCCACCAACCUUGGCCCGACCAACGUACGAGAUCCCAAGCGACUCUCCGUACAGACUACCCGCGGCCACUCUCGAAGCUUCAGUCGCAACGACACGCCCCAGGGUCUCCAGGCUCAGCAACAGCGCAACUACCGGAUGUUCCCGGUUGGUGACUAUUUGUAUAGUUUCGAGUUCCCAAUCGAUGGGUCUCUGCCGGAAACUAUCAGAACGGACUUGGGAUCUGUGAAAUACGAUCUGGAAGCUAUUGUCGAGCGAUCCGGCGCUUUCCGCCCCAACCUACUCGGCACGAUGGAGAUUCCCGUCAUUCGCACUCCCGCUGAGGGUUCAUUAGAACAGGUCGAGCCGAUUGCGAUUUCUCGAAAUUGGGAGGAUCAGCUUCACUACGACAUUGUGAUUUCUGGAAAAUCCUUCCCCAUGGGCUCUCAGAUUCCUAUCGCAUUCAAGUUGACACCACUUGCCAAGGUCGAAUGUCAUCGAAUCAAGGUCUAUGUGACUGAGAACAUUCAGCACUGGACCGCCGACAAGAGUGUUCAUCGACUGCAACCCGCUAAAAAGGUCUUGUUGUUCGAAAAGCGAGCGGAAUCCGCCAGCACAAGCACAUACCCCGGCAGUUCCAUGCGUGUAACUGCAGGUGGAGGCAUCGACUGGGACCAUCGCGCGGCUGCUGCAAGAGGCGAGGAGAUCGUGGAUCGGUCCCGGACCAACUUGUUGGGCAAUCUCUCGACCGAAAAUGGUGUCGGGCCAACCGAGAUGGAAUUUAAUGUACAGCUCCCAAGCUGCCAUGAAAUGAGAGGUCGAGACGAAGGACAACGCCUCCAUUUUGACACAACCUACGAAAACAUUCAAAUCAACCAUUGGAUCAAGAUUGUCCUUCGUCUUUCCAAAGUCGAUGAAAGAGAUCCUACCAAACGCAGACAUUUCGAAAUUUCCAUCGAUUCACCCUUCCACAUUCUUUCCUGCAAAGCUACACAAGCAAACAUUUAUCUCCCGGCCUACACGAGACCCUCAGCCGAGCCAGAGCCACCAGCCCAGGAGUUCGAAUGCGGCUGCCCCGGGGCAUCUAUGACACCAAGAGACAACUCGGCAGCGCAGUCUAGUUCUGACCGUGAGGAGUCUAGCACGAACCUCAGCCUCAACCGUCGCGCCUCCUCGGCCCACUUCACGAACGGUUCUGGAGGUCUAGCCCGCCCACCUCAAGCACACUUGGCCCACGAGCCUAACAAUGAGCGAGAGCACAACCCCACAACGGCACCGGGACCUUCCGAGGCACCUCGCCCGAUGCAUCUACUGCGAGCACCUUCAUUUGCCCCUCCUGCCUUUGAAGACCUCCUCCCUCCGCCUCCUCUUGUCACUCCACCCCCGGAGUAUACGACCAUUGUUGGAAAUGGGGAUCGCGAGGCGAUUUUGGAAGAUUACUUCUCGCGACUAUCCUACUACGAAGACCAGGAUGACGACGAUCGGGGGCGGGGCCGUGUCGAUGUCCCCCUUACCCCAGGUGGCCGGGUCAAUCGCAGUAUGGAUGUACCCAGGGAGUGGAUUCGAAUCGAAGAUCUCGCCAGGACGUGA